AUGGUUACUGUGUUGUCUUCAACAGAACAGAUACCAAGUUGGGGGAGUUCCAGGUGUGAUUGUUUUGUGAAGGGAGAUAUGUGGGCUUCUUGUGAUGUCCUCAGCAGACCUGCACUUGAAUUGUCGAUUUUCCUGCACUCACCUAACAAAAGAACCAGGACAUACUUUUUCAGGGAUUCAUGUUCUCAUAUACAAAGUCCUCGUACUCAAUUAAUUUUGUCACACACAAUAAAGAAUUGGCUCAGCCUCUCCAUACCUAGUAGAGAUAAAUGCAAGCGUCUGAAAUAUCCGAGAAGUGAUUCAUCAUUGUCAACUCAGAUCCUUCAAAACCCAAAGUUCUCUUGUAAUGCCAUUGUUGCUGCCAGUAAAAAGCUCACAAACCUGGAUGAAACCUUUUCGGCCGUGUAUGAAUUUUCAGAGGAACCUUGGCUUUUCCAAUCUUCUCCCCCACUGUCUUGUUCCUUUGUGGAUUCAGAUUCUUCUCAUGUUCGACACACCGAAAGUGGGGCUAGAGAAACGCUUGGUAGUGAAGCUAUGGAAUCAGACAUUUUGUCGGAUUUUGUCAAUGGAGACUUUUGUUCUACCACUGGAGAUAAAGUUAUUUCGGAGAAUCAUAGUUCUGACCGUUUUCCCGUUGAAGAUCAUCCAGUUGAGGAGCCCUGGCUGCUUGAAUCUUUGUUUCAACCUUCUAGUAUUAGUUCUAAGACUGCUGAUGCUGCUCACUCUGAAGAUUCCUUAGAAUGUGAUGAUACGUCAGUACAUAGCCAGGAUUCACCAGAAUACAUUCCUGAGAAGCUUUUGACAGAUGAUGGAAUAGGUGUAAUGUCCAAGGAUGAUUCAGUUUCCACAAGAAUAUUGAUUAACUCUUCUAUAUGCACCAUGCAAAGAAUUGCUGUGUUGGAAAAUGGAAAAUUGGUUGAAUUGUUGCUGGAACCUGUAAAAAACAAUGUGCAGUGUGAUAGUGUAUAUCUAGGUGUAGUCACCAAACUGGUUCCCCAUAUGGGUGGCGCAUUUGUAAAUAUUGGUGGGCCAAAACCCUCUUUCAUGGAGAUAAAGCCAAGGAGGCAACCAUUUAUAUUUCCCCCAUUUCACCGUCAUAUGAAGGGAAAAGAUGUCAAUGGAUCUGUCUUGGGUAGCUUUGGAGAUCUUGCAAGUCCCUCUGAUAGUAAAACCAUAUUAGGUGAAAUUGAAGAAAUUGAUUUUGUGGAGGAGGAUGAAAGUGAGGAUGAGUCAGAGGACUUCAUGGAUGAUGAAGAAUUUGUGGAGCAGGAAAAUGGUGGGAACAGUGAUCUCUUAAAACUCCUAAAGAGAAACAGUAAUGGUAGUGUGGCUGCUGAUGAUGAUGUUGAAGUUAAUUGUGAGGGGCAUUUGGAAAAGCUAACUGAAAAUGAAUUCCAGCCAAUAGCUCCAACUGUCAACCAGAAGUUGCAGAGCAGUAUAGUUGCGGAUCCAGAUGACACCAAGUGGUCUCAAGUUAAAAAGGGUACAAAAAUUAUUGUGCAAGUUGUCAAAGAAGGAUUGGGUGCAAAAUCCCCCACAUUGACUGCUUAUCCAAAGUUAAAGAGCAGAUUCUGGAUUUUGAGUGCUUGUUGUGGCACAAUUGGAAUUUCAAAGAAAAUCUCUGGCCUCGAGCGAACACGGUUGAGAGUCAUAGCAAAAAGUUUGCAGCCUCCAGGGUUCGGUCUCACUGUCAGGACAGUUGCUGCUGGUCAUACUGUAGAGGAGUUACAGAAGGAUUUGGACAAAUUGCUUUCCACCUGGAAAAGUAUAACUGAACAUGCAAAGUCUGCAGCUCUUGCUGCUGAUGAAGGUGUCAAUGGAGCCGUCCCUGUUCUGUUACAUCAAGCAAUGGGGCAAACUCUCUCCGUUGUCCAAGACUAUUUUAAUGACAAGGUGGAGAGCAUGAUCGUUGAUUCUCCAAGGACAUAUUAUGAGGUUACAAACUAUCUUCAGGAAAUAGCUCCCAAUCUAUGUGAUAGAGUUGAAUUAUAUAGCAAAAGUGCUCCCCUAUUUGAUGAGUAUAAAAUUGAGGAAGAACUGAAUAACCUCCUCAGUAAGAGGGUUCCACUUGAUAAUGGAGGUUAUCUUGUCAUUGAACAAACCGAGGCACUGGUGUCCAUUGAUGUAAAUGGGGGGCACUGUAUGCUCGGUCAAGGGACCUCACAAGAGAAAGCUAUUCUUGAAGUCAACCUUGCAGCUGCAAAACAAAUUGCUAGGGAACUAAGGCUGAGAGAUGUUGGUGGAAUUAUUGUGGUAGAUUUCAUUGACAUGCACGACGAUUCAAACAAAAGAUUAGUUUAUGAAGAAGUGAAGAAAGCUGUUGAGAGGGACAGAUCAAUGGUUAAAGUUUCUGAGUUAUCCAAGCAUGGGCUUAUGGAGAUCACCAGAAAGAGAGUUCGACCAAGUGUCACUUUCAUGAUUAGUGAACCAUGCACGUGCUGUUCUGGUACUGGGCGAGUGGAAGCUUUAGAGACCUCAUUCUCUAAAAUUGAACAUGAAAUCUGCCGGCUACUUGUAAGAAACUUCUCUUACCUUUGUAUUUAUUUAAAUCCUGGGCAAAGAAAAAGAUAGGUGGAGGGAAAGGGUGUCUGUUUUCUCUGUGGAUAAGUUAGAAUAUGUUACCAUUAUAUUACAAUUAGGAUAAUCUGUCGUGUUGAAUUCCAAUUCUUGGUUGUUCUGUUGGAGGUUCCUGAUUUUGCAAGUUCGGUAAAUUCCUUGCCUACUGGGUUUGCCAGUUUGCUCAUACCUGAUUUUUAGCCGUUUUCUUUUGUGCAGUCAAUGAUUGACCAUGAGACAGACCCUGUGAAACCAAAUUCAUGGCCACGAUUUGUUCUUAGAGUUGAUCGACAUAUGUGUAACUAUCUAACUUCAGGAAAGAAGACAAAGAUUGCUGUUUUGAGUAGUUCUCUGAAGGUCUGGAUUCUUCUAAAGGUAGGCCAGUGACACUUCUGUAUCUGCAUUCUUCUACUGCAAGCUUGUUAUAAACGUCAUUCAUUUGUAUUCUGCAUCACAUGUAGGGAAAAUCUUAAUUUCUCAGGAAUAGGAAUAUGAAUCCAUAACCCGUUUUCUGUUGGAAGGAAUUUAAUGACCAUUUUAACUUUCUGACUAUAAUCCUACUGCAAUGCAUC